UUCAAUAAAUUAGUUAAAGCACUUCCUCCACUUAGCGACGAGGUGCUUUAGCUUCUGUUUUGGUUUCUUUUCGUCGGUUUGGUUCCAGUGCAUCACCAGGAACCAAAAAACGAAAACAUAAGAAUAUAGUAUUGAUAAUAAACAGAGAAGAAAAAAAAAACAUGGCUCAACCACGUGAGAUUCUGUUGUUGGCCGUGGCUUCCUUGUUGGUCGUGUCGGCAAUGGCCGGCGUUCCCCGGAACGUGACAUAUGACCGGAAGUCGUUGAUCAUCGACGGGACCAGAGAGCUUCUCUUCUCCGGCUCCAUUCACUAUCCCCGUAGCCCGCCGGAGAUGUGGCCGCAGAUCAUAAAGGAAGCUAAAAAAGGCGGCUUGAAUACGAUCCAGACAUACGUGUUCUGGAACCUUCACGAACCAGUGGAAGGGCAGUUCAACUUUGAGGGCAACAACGAUUUGGUGAAGUUCAUAAAGCUGAUCGGAGAGGAAGGGUUGUACGUCACGCUUAGGGUCGGACCUUAUCUGGAGGCGGAAUGGAAUUUCGGAGGGUUCCCUUACUGGCUUAGGGAGGUUCCUGACAUCAUUUUCCGUUCAUAUAAUGAACCUUUCAUGGCCCACAUGAAGAGAUACGUCACAAUGAUCAUCGAUUUGAUGAAAAAAGAAAAGCUAUUCGCCCCACAAGGUGGCCCCAUCAUUAUGGCCCAGAUCGAAAACGAGUACGGAAAUGUGCAACUGGCAUAUAGGGAAAAUGGGAAGAAAUAUAUUAAGUGGUCAGCAGAUAUGGCUGUUGGUCUAUACAAUGAAGUCCCAUGGAUCAUGUGCAAGCAAAAGGAAGCCCCUCAUACUGUGAUUAGCGCAUGUAACGGAAGGCACUGCGCAGAUACAUUCCAAGGCCCUAAUGGCGACGACAAGCCUUUGUUGUGGACGGAAAACUGGACGGCUCAAUAUAGGGUUUUCGGGGACCCUCCGUCUCAAAGGGCCGCCGAAGAUAUUGCGUUUUCCGUCGCUCGCUUUUUCGCCAUCGGCGGCAGCCUCGUCAACUAUUACAUGUACUAUGGUGGAACAAGUUUUGGUAGAACAACCUCAGCAUUCGUAGCCACUAGGUAUUACGAUGAAGCACCCCUUGAUGAAUUUGGUUUGAGGAGAGAGCCAAAAUGGAGCCACCUAAGAGAUGUGCACAGAGCAAUUAAAUUGGCCAAGAAGCCUGUGCUUUGGGGAAACCGAACUGUGGAGAAGGCUAGUAAGGAUAUUGAGAUCAUAGUUUAUGAGAACCCAGAAAUGAAAAUUUGCGCCGCCUUCUUGACCAACAACAACACACAAAACUCGACCACCAUUGAUUUCAGAGGUGCCAAGUACUACCUGCCCGAAAAGUCCGUCAGCAUUCUCCCUGAUUGCAAGACUGUCGUUUACAAUACUCAUACGGUAGUUGCACAACACAAUGCAAGGAACUUCCAUGCUUCAAAAGUUGCAACCAAUCUGAAAUGGGAGAUGUACCAAGAAAGCAUCCCAACCGUUGAAAACUUGCCAAUCAAGAACCAGGUCCCACGUGAGCACUACACAUUGGCAAAAGAUACCACUGAUUACGUCUGGUACAGCACUAGAAUUGAUUUAAGCCGCCGUGAUUUGCCCAUGAGGAAAGACAUCCUUCCAGUCCUCCAGAUUGACAGCCUUGGCCAUGCAUUGCUAGCAUUCGUCAAUGGCGAAUACAUUGGGUACAAGCAUGGAGACUUCAUUGAGAAGAAAUUUGUGUUCCGGAAUCCUAUAACCUUGAAGCCUGGGCAUAAUGACAUCACAAUAUUGGGCACGACAGUUGGACUCCCGAAUAGCGGAGCCUACAUGGAGAAGAGAUUUGCUGGACCAAGAUUCAUAAUACUCCAAGGUUUGAUGGAUGGAACCCUGGAUAUAACCCGUAACCACUGGUCCCAUUCGGUGGGUCUUUCGGGAGAAAAGCUCGAGUUGUUCACAGAAGAGGGCGCCAAGAAGGUGACGUGGACUCCAUUUUCGUCGAAGAAAUCCGGGGCCCUUACUUGGUUCAAGACAUCUUUUGAUGAACCAGAGGGCAAAAACCCAGUAGCCUUGGGAAUGGAAGGCAUGGAGAAGGGUAUGAUUUGGGUGAACGGCAAUAACAUCGGUCGUUACUGGGUCUCUUACCUCUCCCCAAUCGGGAAACCCACUCAAAUCGAGUAUCACAUUCCAAGAGCGUUCUUGAAACCCGAAGACAAUCUGUUGGUUAUCUUGGAGGAAACCGGUGGGAACCCAGAAGCCAUAGUGGUCCAGACAGUGUACCGGGACACGAUCUGCAGCAUGAUCCCGGAGUACGCGUCGCCGCCCGUGAAGUCUUGGGAGAGAAACGGGAACGAGUUCCGGCCGGCGGUGGAAGAUUUGAAACCCGGCGCACGUCUGACCUGCCCCGACGACAAAAUUAUCAAGAAAAUUGAGUUCGCCAGCUUCGGUGACCCUGACGGCGCGUGCGGAAACUACUUCGCCGGAAACUGCACUUCGCCCAACAGCCUUAAAGUUGUCGAGGAGAAGUGCCUGGGGAAACGCCGGUGCACGGUUUCAAUAGACAGAAAUGCGUUUGACGAGGAAGGCAAGGAUCCCUGCCCCGACAUUACCAAGGCUCUGGCUAUUCAGGCAAGCUGCGGACGGGAUUAAUCGAAUCGCUCUAAAGAAAUUGUCAACUUUUACCGAUUUCCAAAUUAAAUUAAAUGCAUAUUAAACAAAAAUGUAGUUUGUACUUUUGCCGUUAUUUGUGACCUGUUAUAUGUUGUGUCUCAGACACUCAUUUAAGGAAACUUUAUUAUAUAUAUAAUAUAUAUCCAUUUUUUGGUUCA